CCAAGAUGGCGGACGACUGCGUUUUGAAGGAAGUAGACUUUAUAAUUGCUUUUUAGCUUGUUAUGGAUCUAAAAUGGUCUCUUGGCACUCUUUUUCGAUAUUGAUAUUAUUGUUCUUCACAYUGUGUUAUCUUGGUGUGAGCGAURAURAAGAUGCAGUGAAAUGCGACGAUUUGCUCGAUGGACAAUACCAAUGUGAUAAGCCAGUUAUCGACUCAAAGACCCAGUCUGCUGCAGGAUGCAACGAAAAUCACACUGUUAAAGUUGAAUGCCAUGUGAGUGGUGGAUUAAAAUGUGAAUCAAAUGGAAAACUUGUCUCUGAAUUCAAGAGGGAUGUACCUUGUAGAUAUACGAAUGGUUAUUCUUAUAAAACUGCAUUACUUCUGUCCAUAUUUUUUGGCAUGUUUGGUAUUGAUAGAUUCUACCUUGGAUAUCCAGCAAUUGGUUUAUUAAAAUUUUGUACCCUAGGAUUUUUCUUCUUAUUCCAAUUGAUAGAUAUCCUUUUGAUAGCAACACAGGUCGUUGGUCCUGCAGAUGAAUCAGAGUAUGUCAUAGAUUAUUAUGGUCCUAGACUGAUUAAAGUUGGCUAUAAUGAUAACACAUUUCUAAAGCCACAGUGAGAGGGAUGACAAUGAUACUAAGCCUCUUUGCUCUGCAGUUAUGCAUGGYGAAAUGAAGCAGUUUUUGUACAAAUGAAAAAUACUAUAAAAAUGGAGUCAUGAUGUAGCUUUAUCAUAUCUUAGCACAGCUAUAACUGUGUGUGAUUGGAUAAUAAUUYAUUACAGGGCUAUAAGUAAUGACUGGUCAGUCACCAGUCAUGAUGACCAAUCAAAUUAAUUUUAGCUCAGGCAUACCACAGGGAGCCCAAUUUAGAUAAAAGUAAAUGGUGAAAAUAAAUCAGAAAUAUUAAAUAAUUGAUUAUUUUCUAAAUUUGARUUCAAGAUAAUGUMCUUGGUAAUACGAAAAAGUAAGAAAAAAUARAUAAAAAAUGCACUAGAAAAUUUUUUUCGUUCGAGCCUUUGUUUUCCUAUAUAUUUUUCCUAUGGUAUCUAAUGUCGCUGAUAUGUAUAUAUACUCUUAACUUUUGUCUAAAUUGGGCUCCCUGUAACUGUUACUGUCAAAAUAACCGACAAGACAAAUAUUUGACCAGACAAGUCCCAAUUCAUGUUCCGAUGACUGGUCUUUAUCUUAGGCUUGUUAUUCAGAUACAAUGGAAAUAAAUCAUUAUGGCAUUUAACCUGCAUAGCACUGCCCAGGAUAACUAAAAAUAGCCUGYAUAGCUCAGCCCUAGGGGAGGGGGGAGGGGGGAGCCAAUCUACACAGGCAUACUAAAAAAACUGUGCAGACUCAACAUUAAUGCUAGUCCACUAGUCUGGGAUUAGUAAAUUUUUUUUUCAGGCUUAGUGAUAAUAAAAAAUUAGGACUCACUAGUCCAUAAUCUGAAA